GUCAACUGAUGGGGAAAAGCCUGUGUAUUUGACAGCUACAGUUUAAUCUAAUGAAAACACGUGGCCUCUUCAUUCAGAUAAACGAGGUUGGAGAGGGAGUUUGAAACAAGAUGAAGAUUGUACUGGUCGUGGCUCUCGUCCUGCUGUUUGUCUGGCUUCAGAAUGCCCACAGGUCUGACAUCAACCAACAAGGAAGUGUUUGUGAUCAGGCUCUUCCUCUGUCCAUUUCCAGGCUCCUCUUCUCCCCUCUCUCGGUCUACUCCUGGCUGGUCUCUGGGAUGGUUAAACUCCUCUUCUCCCCUCUCUCGGUCUACUCCUGGCUGGUCUCUGUGAUGGUUAAACUCCUCUUCUCCUGUCUGGCCCUCUUCCUCUCCUCCCUGUAUUACACGGUCCUGCUCCUGCUGGCCGGGCCCUGCUGUAUCGUCACCUUGUCUCUGGCUGUGCUAGUGUCCUGUCUCCGUGUAGUUAUCUACGUGGUUCACCUUGUGUUGGUGCUCUGUGCUCUGGCAGUGCUCGCCAUCAUGGCUCCACACAAAAUGGCUGAUGUGAAUGGACCCAAAAUGGCUGAUGUGAAUGGACCCAAAAUGGCUGAUGUGAAUGGACCCAAAAUGGCUGAUGUGAAUGGACCCAAAAUGGCUGAUGUGAAUGGACCCAAAAUGGCUGAUGUGAAUGGACCCAAAAUGGCUGAUGUGAAUGGACCCAAAAUGGCUGAUGUGAAUGGACCCAAAAUGGCUGAUGUGAAUGGACCCAAAAUGGCUGAUGUGAAUGGACCCAAAAUGGCUGAUGUGAAUGGACCCAAAAUGGCUGAUGUGAAUGGACCCAAAAUGGCUGAUGUGAAUGGACCCAAAAUGGCUAAUGUGAAUGGACCCAAAAUGGCCACCGGUACCACUGUUAAUGACCAAACCUUCUACGACCAACUGAAACUGCAGCUCCGAGACUCGGACAGAUCUGGGAUCAGUGUUGGGUCGUAAGGCUUCACAGCAAGGCUGAGGGCAUCGUGUUGAGUCUGAAAUAUAGUUGAUCAGUGUUUUUAUUUGUUGUAUUUGUUAAAAAAUAAAUUCC